UCUGGAAUGUUGAAUAAAAAGGUUGGACAGUAGCUCAUUUCAAAGGAGAUGGGCUUGAUAGACGUGGCUGGAUAACAGACAUAAACAGGACUUGGAUGCUAAGCAGGUAUCACCCUGUUGUAGCGGCUGAAAGUUGACUAUGCUGCUACAGAGGCUGUCUCUUUGUGCCGGGCUCCCCCUGAGCCCCAGGACUCAACGCACCACCAUCUUCCCUCGUCUAGCCAAAGCACUGACACAAGUGUCCCUGGCGCGUGCCAACAGUAACUCCUUUUCCCACCGCGGGGAGCUCCGCAAGGCCAAGAGGAUUGUGGUCAAGCUGGGCAGCGCCGUGGUCACCCGGGGGGAUGAGUGCGGCCUGGCGCUGGGCAGGCUGGCCUCUGUAGUAGAGCAGGUGGCCAUGCUACAGAACCAGGGGAGAGAGAUGAUGAUCGUCACCAGCGGAGCGGUGGCCUUCGGCAAGCAGAGACUGAGGCAUGAGAUCCUGCUGUCCCAGAGUGUUAGACAGGCUCUUCACUCUGGACAGAACCAGAUCAAAGACAUGUCAGUGCCAGUUCUGGAGGCGCGGGCCUGUGCGGCAGCCGGACAGAGUGGUCUGAUGGCCCUGUAUGAGGCCAUGUUCACCCAGUACAGCACAUGCACUGCACAGGUCCUGGUCACCAACCUGGACUUCCAUGAUGACCAGAAGCGGCGGAACCUGAACAGCACGCUGCAGGAGCUGCUCCGCAUGAACAUCGUACCCAUUAUCAACACCAACGAUGCCGUGGUGCCCCCGCCCGAGCCCAACAGCGACCUCCAGGGGGUAAAUGUCAUCAGUAUAAAGGACAAUGACAGCCUGGCGGCACGUCUGGCCGUGGAGAUGAAGGCAGACCUGCUCAUCGCUCUCUCUGACGUAGAAGGACUGUACGACAGCCCUCCUGGAACGGAUGACGCCAAACUCAUUGACAUCUUCUACCCUGGUGACCAGCUGUCGAUCACCUACGGCACAAAAUCCAGGGUGGGGAUAGGAGGCAUGGAGGCCAAGGUAAAGGCUGCCCUGUGGGCCCUACAGGGGGGCACGUCGGUAGUCAUUGCCAACGGCACCCACCCCAAGGUGACAGGCCACGUCAUCACUGACAUCGUGGAGGGCAAGAAAGUGGGCACCUUCUUCUCCGAGGUCAAACCUGCCGGCCCCACCGUGGAGCAGCAGACUGAGAUGGCCCGGAACUCUGGCAGGACCCUGGCAGCCCUUCACCCAGACCAGAGAGGUGAGAUCAUCUGUCACCUGGCAGACCUGCUGGUUGAGAAGAAGGAGGAGAUCCUUGCUGCUAACAAGAUGGACAUGGACCUAGCAGUCAAUGCAGGUCAGUUGUCGUCAGCCUUGUUGAACCGUCUGAGCCUGUCCCCGGCCAAGCUGAAUAGCCUAGCUAUAGGCCUGAGACAGAUAGCCCUGGCCUCUCAGGACAGCGUGGGCAGAGUGCUGCGUAGGACCAGAGUAGCUCACAACUUAGAGCUGGAGCAGAUCACUGUGCCCAUAGGAGUACUGCUAGUCAUCUUCGAGGCCCGCCCUGACUGCUUGCCACAGGUAUCAGCUCUAGCCAUAGCCAGCGGCAAUGCUCUGCUGGCGAAGGGGGGCAAGGAAGCAGCCAACACCAACCGCAUCUUACAUGAGUUGACCCAGGAAGCACUGGAUAUCCACUGGGUCAGAGAGGCUGUACAGCUGGUGAGUACCCGUGAGGAGGUGGAGGACCUGUGUAGACUAGAUGAGAUGAUAGACCUGAUCAUCCCGCGAGGCUCAUCCCAGCUGGUCAGGAACAUUCAGAACGCAGCCAAGGGCAUCCCAGUUCUGGGCCACAGUGAAGGCAUCUGCCACGUCUACAUCGACUCGGAGGCCGCCAUCGACAAGGUCAUCAAGAUCGUCAGAGACUCUAAAUGUGACUAUCCUGCGGCCUGCAAUGCUAUGGAAACACUGUUGGUUCACAGGGACAUACUCAGGACUCCUCUGUUUGACCAGAUCAUAGACAUGCUCCGCACCGAACAGGUGAAGAUUCACGCUGGCCCCAGGUUUGCCUCCUACCUGACCUUCAGCCCAUCAGAGGUCAAGUCUCUGAGAACAGAGUACGGGGAUCUGGAGUGCUGCAUCGAGGUGGUGGACAGUAUGCAGGAAGCUAUAGACCAUAUCCACAGAUAUGGCAGCUCACACACCGACGUCAUUGUUACUGAAAACGAGGACACAGCGGAGCGGUUCCUGCAGCAGCUGGACAGUGCUUGUGUGUUCUGGAACGCCAGUUCGCGAUUCGCAGAUGGAUACCGCUUCGGACUGGGUGCUGAGGUGGGCAUCAGUACAGCUCGUAUCCAUGCCCGGGGCCCCGUGGGCCUGGAGGGUCUCCUCACCACUAAGUGGGUCCUGAGAGGAGACGGCCACACUGCUGCAGACUUCUCUGAACAGGGCACCAUGAAGUACCUCCACGAGAAUAUGCCAGUCACACAGCCACAGCCCAGACAGAUAGCUGCCCAGAGUGAGGAAUGACAGAGGACCUCCAACUAGAGACACACCUAAACACACUUAACCACUUCACGAGAGAAAAGAUUUCCCAUGGUACCAAAGAAACAAUCCCAUUGUCUUAUUCAUUCGGUCUGGAUCAGAGUUUACGUUCAUUGGAUCAGAGUUUACAUUAAUUCUACAUCAGCUCUCAAAAGUUUUAUUGCAGUGAUUACCUCACUCAGUAUUCAGUGAAUCAACUCAUGAUUYGUUACAUUGACCCUGUUAGACUGUAGAAGGUCUCACACCAUUGGUUUAGACAUUAAUUGGUCUAGAUCUUAUGCGCAGUAGUGAUGAGUUUGGUAAAUAUGCUCUCUAGGACCCACACUUAAAGGGAAUUUUUGCUUAAGCUAGUUUACAUCCGUGUUAUUAUCUCUAUCAAGAGGCUCCCCUCUUGGUUUUAGUUCCUGUUGAUUGGUCUGUUGUGCUGUGCUCUAUCAGAUGAGACCCUUACCUUCAAAGUAUUGGUUUGGUCUUGUACAGGAUACUCAUGUUACAUUUAGGGAUAUCAGAAGUGAUAUGAAUGCACAACCAAACAGUGUUGAUGCUAGGUUUAAAGCGCAACCUAAGUUAGGAAAGUUACUGAUGUGUCAUUUAAAUUGGGCUUGAAUUGUAGGGCCUCAAGGCCACAAAUUGUAUGAAUUGCUAUUAACAUUUAUACUGCAUCGUUUGCAGUUCUACCAACACAAUCCUUAUUUAUAUGCAGUUAAAUGAGCAGUGAUGAACCAUUGGAUAAACAAUAUUUAAUAACCUUAAAUGUGUUUUAUCAUAGAUAUGGAUGAAUAAAACAUUUAUUGACCCAAUCUUAUUCAUAAGCAUUCAAGUUAGAUUUGAUUAUAUAAGAAAGCACAUCAUUUUUUUGUAUUUCCCUCUUUUCCUCAACUUUUUAUGUCCUUUUGAAUGCAAAUGCUUUAUUCUCCUGCUUUUGCUUUUUUUUACACUGUCUAUUUAUGUCGACUUUACAGUGCCCAGAGCCUCUGUCAGAUACAAGAGCUGCUUUCCGUCUCCUUCAGGGGACUACUGCCUUAAGAUACAGUGCUGCUGUUACAUUCCAGCUUAUGAGCUUUAUAUCUGAUGUCAACACUACAGAUCAGUUCUGGUUUUUUUGGUAAUUUUUAGACCAUAUUGUAGAAUAAAAGUUUUUGUUGAAUAACAA